AUGGAGAUCAGGUGCUGGAGGGGGAAGGUCUCCGCGCAGGUCCCGGCUGCCCCCGGGGCGCAGGGCUCCGCCGCCGGGGCCGAGCCCUUCACGCUGAUGUUUUCCACGCAGGGCCCCCGAGGGGAGCCGGGGGGGAAGGUGUCCACGCAUCUCACAGCCGCCUCGGGGCCGCAGGGCUCCGCUGGGGAGGCCGUGGGCUGGAGCGGCAAGCUGGAGCCUCCCUCGCUUCGAGGAGGCUCGGAGGCUGCCGGGCAGCCGCAGGCAGGCGGCCGGGGAGCAGCGGAGGAGCCGCAGGCGGCUGCCCGCCCCGGGGCCGCGGGAAUGGGGAGAACAGGAGACACGACCCUUCCCUCCACCAUGUGUCACCAGAAUGGCUUCCAGCUCCGGCAGCUCUGCAUCCCCCCUCCCUCCGUGCUGGUCAGGAGCUUCCCGGUGAAGCCCCGCGGGGAGCCCUGCGCCGCUCUCCGCCAGCUCCAGUGCCUCUCUCCGCGCCCGGAUCCCUGCUGCCGCCCCGGCAUCGCUCAGGGCACCACCACCUACGUCAACCUGGGCAGCCUCGGGGUGAGGCAGGCUUGUGUGGAUCCCUGCUGUAAACAAGUGACCAAAUGUGUGGAUCCCUGCUGCCAAGAGGUGACCAAGUGUUGCAGCACCAAGUGUGUGGAUCCCUGCUGCAAGGAAGUGACCAAGUGUUGCACUACCAGGUGUGUGGAUCCCUGCUGCCAGGAGGUGACCAAGUGCACCACCAGGUGUGUGGAUCCCUGCUGCCAGGAGGUGACCAAGUGCACUACCAGGUGUGUGGAUCCCUGUUGUGAGCAAGUGACCAAGUGCACCACCAGGUGUGUGGAUCCCUGCUGCCAGGAGGUGACCAAGUGCACCACCAGGUGUGUGGAUCCCUGCUGCCAGGAGGUGACCAAGUGCACCACCAGGUGUGUGGGUCCCUGCUGCCAGGAGGUGACCAAGUGCUCCACCAGGUGUGUGGAUCCCUGCUGCCAGGAGGUGACCAAGUGCACCACCAGGUGUGUGGAUCCCUGCUGCCAGGAGGUGACCAAGUGCACCACCAGGUGUGUGGAUCCCUGCUGCCAGGAGGUGACCAAGUGCACCACCAGGUGUGUGGAUCCCUGUUGUGAGCAAGUGACCAAGUGCACCACCAGGUGUGUGGAUCCCUGCUGCCAGGAGGUGACCAAGUGCACCACCAGGUGUGUGGAUCCCUGCUGCCAGGAGGUGACCAAGUGCACCACCAGGUGUGUGGAUCCCUGUUGUGAGCAAGUGACCAAGUGCACCACCAGGUGUGUGGAUCCCUGCUGCCAGGAGGUGACCAAGUGCACCACCAGGUGUGUGGAUCCCUGCUGCCAGGAGGUGACCAAGUGCACUACCAGGUGUGUGGAUCCCUGUUGUGAGCAAGUGACCAAGUGCACCACCAGGUGUGUGGAUCCCUGCUGCCAGGAGGUGACCAAGUGCACUACCAGGUGUGUGGAUCCCUGUUGUGAGCAAGUGACCAAGUGCACCACCAGGUGUGUGGAUCCCUGCUGCCAGGAGGUGACCAAGUGCACCACCAGGUGUGUGGAUCCCUGUUGUGAGCAAGUGACCAAGUGCACCACCAGGUGUGUGGAUCCCUGCUGCCAGGAGGUGACCAAGUGCACCACCAGCUGUGUGGAUCCCUGCUGCCCUCAGGUGAUCCGGUAUGUGGAUCCCUGCUGCGGCGAGGUGACCAAGUGCAGCACCAGCUGCGCGGAUCCCUGCUGCCAGGAGGUGACCAAGUGCAGCACCAGCUGCGUGGAUCCCUGCUGCCAGGAGGUGACCAAGUGCAGCACCAGCUGCGCGGAUCCCUGCUGCCAGGAGGUGACCAAGUGCAGCACCAGCUGCGUGGAUCCCUGCUGCCAGGAGGUGACCAAGUGCAGCACCAGCUGCGUGGAUCCCUGCUGCCAGGAGGUGACCAAGUGCUCCGCCAGCUGCGUGGAUCCCUGCUGCCAGGAGGUGACCAAGUGCAGCACCAGCUGCGUGGAUCCCUGCUGCCAGGAGGUGACCAAGUGCUCCACCAGCUGCGUGGAUCCCUGCUGCCAGGAGGUGACCAAGUGCUCCGCCAGCUGCGUGGAUCCCUGCUGCCAGGAGGUGACCAAGUGCACCACCAGCUGCGUGGAUCCCUGCUGCCAGGAGGUGACCAAGUGCACCACCAGCUGCGUGGAUCCCUGCUGCGGGCAGGCGACCCAAUGCAGCACCGUCUGCGCGGAUCCCUGCUGCCAGGAGGUGACCAAGUGCGCCCCCAGCUGCGCGGAUCCCUGCUGCGGAGCUGUCCAGGCUGUCACCAAGUGCGUGCAGUCCUUCCCCACCCCCUGUGUGACCCAGGCCAGCCCCCGGUGCGGAGCCGUCUGCAGCCCUGCCUGCGGCCAGCGCUGCUCCAUCAGCUGCGCAGAUAUCUGCUGCAGGAAGCGUCUGGCUCCCUGA